CAAACAAGAAACAAGAUCAAACAAGAGUUAAAAAAGAAAAAAGAAAAAAGAAAACUUCAAUGGCAUCAAACAGCAUCUCGGUGCUGAACGCGCUCGACAACGCCCGGACGCAAUGGUACCACGUGACGGCGAUAGUGAUAGCGGGAAUGGGCUUCUUCACCGACGCGUACGACCUCUUCUGCAUCUCCACUGUGUCCAAACUCCUCGGCCGCCUCUACUACUACAACCCCACCACCGGCAAGCCCGGGAAGCUCCCCCACAGCAUCAACAACCUCGUCAUAGGCGUCGCCCUUGUCGGAACCCUAGCUGGCCAGCUAGUCUUCGGCUACUUGGGCGACAAAUUGGGCCGCAAAAAAGUCUACGGCAUCACAUUAAUCCUCAUGGUCAUAUGUGCAAUCUGCUCGGGUCUAUCUUUGGGUAGCAGCCCCAAAGCAGUUAUGGGAACACUUUGCUUCUUCCGAUUCUGGCUCGGAUUCGGCAUCGGGGGCGAUUAUCCCCUCUCCGCCACUAUCAUGUCGGAGUACGCGAAUAAGAAGACUCGCGGUGCGUUUAUUGCGGCCGUUUUUGCCAUGCAGGGAGUGGGGAUAGUCUUUGCUGGGCUAGUUUCGAUGAUCAUGUCGAAGAUCUUCCUUGAUUUUUAUGCGGGCCCAUCUUUUUCAAGUGAUCCCGUUUUCUCGACCGAGCCUGAGGCGGAUUAUGUGUGGAGGAUUAUACUGAUGCUCGGUGCACUACCGGGCUUGCUCACGUACUAUUGGAGGAUGAAAAUGCCAGAAACAGGGCGGUACACUGCUUUGAUCGAGGGCAACGCGAAGCAAGCUGCUGCGGAUAUGGGGAAGGUUCUUGAUAUCGAAAUACAGGCCGAUCAAGACAAGCUAUCGCAGUUCAAUUCGGCGAACGAGUAUAAGCUUUUCUCGCACGAGUUCUUCAGGCGGCACGGGCGGCAUCUGAUCGGUACAAUGACCACUUGGUUUCUAUUAGACAUUGCUUUUUACAGCCAGAACCUCACACAGAAAGAUAUUUUUCCGACAAUGGGGCUGACGAACAAGCCUGAAAACGUGAGCGCUCUAAGGGAGAUGUUCGAGACUUCGCGGGCUAUGUUCGUGAUUGCUUUACUGGGCACUUUUCCGGGGUAUUGGUUCACGGUUGCCUUCAUUGAGAAGAUCGGGCGUUUUUACAUACAGUUGGUCGGCUUCUUCAUGAUGUCGGUUUUCAUGCUGAUAAUGGGGGUGAAGUACGACUACCUCAGGAACACCAACCACAAGUGGACGUUCGCGGCACUCUACGGGCUGACUUUCUUCUUCGCGAACUUCGGCCCGAACAGCACGACGUUCGUCCUGCCGGCUGAGCUCUUUCCGACGAGGCUGAGGUCGACCUGCCACGCUUUCAGCGCCGCCUCCGGGAAGGCCGGGGCGAUGAUCGGCGCGUUCGGGAUACAGUACUUCACGCAGGAUGGGGAUGUGGGGAAGAUCAAGAAGGCGAUGAUGCUCUUGUCAUUUACGAAUAUUCUGGGAUUUUUCUUCACGUUUCUGGUGACGGAAACAAAGGGGAGGUCUUUGGAGGAGAUCUCCGGUGAAGAUGGUGGCUACGACGAGCCGCCCCAGGUGGCCGAGAAAAGGACGGAUGACCGGCCUGAAAAUUGGGAAGAUGAAUCGAAGAAGUAUUAGUACCAAAUCCACGAAAUCUUUUGGAUAUAUUUUCGUCUGCAAUUGCAUAAUUCUGGGCAUGUUAGCUAAUGCUCUAUUUUGCAUAUUUGUUUGUGUGAUGAAAUAAAAUAAAAGACGAGUAUGUUGUCUAUAUACAUGUAUUUCAAAUUUUCCUAAAUACAUGAACUAUUAUUAAGAAUUUCCCAUUAUUAAUAAAAUUAUCUUUCAUAACAAUGACAAGUGGAGAAUUUCAUCUUUUUGGGUAUGUACCCAAACAAGCGAAGCUGAGAAUACACAACACCCCAUCCAUGGAAAAAACCCGUAAAUAUAUUCAAGUCGCUGCUCUUAUCGUUAUUAACCUGAUAAAUACAAUAAUGUUUAGUUCAUGGAUCAUACGAAUUUUGUAUUUUCAACUUGACAUUCUAAAAGUUCUCACCUAUAUGCUGCUGAGAUCAGUGUGUCGAGAAUACGAUAUACAAAGCUUGCAGUAACCACCAUCAUAUAUGCAGUGUCCUUCCAAGGCUUCCUUUGCAACAACAGCUGUCUCGACAUCUGCACGUCAAUUGAGUUGUCCGUGGCUAAUAUAAAACUUCUAAAUUAAUAGAUGAUUUUUUUAGCACAUUGAAUGUGAAUCGUGAUUUUGAACAAGUAGAUGUACAAUUGGUCGAUUUCAUCUUACCAGUGUGUACUGAAUCAAAGCUAUAAGAUGCCCGUUUUUAUCGAACAUGGCAAUUUUUUGGACAGGCCCAAAUGAUGAGAAGACAUAAUAAGCACAAAAUGAAAUCAAAGUAAGGAAUGAAGCCUUUCGGAACGCUGGUUUUUUUCGUAGUCGUUGAGUUUUUCCCUGUAUUCCAUGAAUUCCUUCAGCUCUUGGCUCUCUGGUAGCGCAGUUGAAGACGUCCGCCGGCGUGGGGCGUCGACAAAUGUUUUCGAUUUGGCAAGAAAUGGGUUGUUUGCAAGAUUCUACAAACCAAGCAUGGAUAACAUCUAAUCUGCCAAAUGACUUACUGAAGUCAAAUCAUCAAAAACUUGAAUAAAAAAAAUUGAAAUGAGAAGAUAAAUUAUUUCCUGAUAUGUAGAAAAGAUUGCACACAAUACACCAUCACAGCUGUGCAAUCUACACCUAUUUAUCGACACCAAAUGUGCUUUACUGCAACCCCAAGAACCUAAGUUAGCUCUAGUCAGCAGAAGUGGCUUUACGAAGAAGAAGAAAGAGAGAAUUUCUGUCUGCCAGAUCAAGAAAUAGCGUAUUGAUGACGUAGAACAUACUUCACGACAACAAAUAUACCAACAAUCAACAAAGAUCGUACAUGGAAAUCAAUUAAACAGUACAACAAGGGCUGAAGUGUACCUCUUGAGCUUCAGCAGACAAAAAUGUAGAAUCGAAAGAAUUUUACAAGGGCCGACUUGUCUAAGCAAGCUCCUCAACCUGCUUGCUUGGAUACUGCAGCGACAUUUCACACGAAUGUCAUUAAAACCAAUGCCUCACAGUAUUAAAGUAACAGGAUUACAAAGAUAACAGGCAAGCGAAUACAUAGGUUCAAUAAUCCAGCUUUCUUCAAGAAGGCUUAUAGAGAAUAAAGAAUGAUCAAGAAAUAAUAUC